AUGUCUGAGUACAGCUACGCACCGCGCCACCGUACGCGGGAGCCCGAGUAUGUCACCGAGACGACGUACAUUGAGCGCGGCGGCCGUGGAGGCGGGGCACGAGAUCUCGUCUACCGCCCCGCAGCGCGCGAGGACAGCAUCGAAGAAAUUCCUCGCGACUUCCCUCCCGGUGCCGAGUAUAGGCAGACCAAGUACCGCGAGGAGUAUGCGCCGCCCCGCCGCACCCGCUCAGUGAACCGUGGCUACGACGACGACUACUAUGACCGUCCCCGCCGACGUGACCGCGACUACGAUGACCGUUCCGAGUACUCCGAGCGCCCCAACAUGCAGCGCCGCAAGUCCAUCGUCGACAAAGUCAAGGACUUCGGCGAGUCAGCAGGCCUAGGCGGCAUCAUCGGCGCCGUCACUGGCGGCGGUCGUGACCGAUCACGCUCCCGCCCUCGUCGAGACGACCGUGGCUAUGAUAGCGACAGAUACGGAUACUACGACGAGCGCGACCGCCGCAGCAGCCGUUACGGAUCACGUUCGCGCAGCCGCAGCCGGGGUGGACACAAGUCUGAGAAGUGGGAGCAAGCCGCCAAAGCCGCUAUCGUCGCCGGUGCCGUCGAAGCCUUCCGCAGCCGCAAGGAAGCCGGUCCAUGGACCGGUGCCAAGGGCCAACGUGUCGCGACUGCUGCUCUCGGUGCUGCCGGUAUCGACGGUCUCAUCGACAGAGACCCCGGCAAGCACGAGAAGAGGCACGUCGCUGAGUCUGCACUCGGUGGUCUUGUCGCUUCUCGCCUAGCCAACGGCUCUCGCUCGCGCUCCCGUGCUCCUCGUGGCCGUGACGACUCCAGGUCUCGCUCCCGUUCUCGUGCCAGGUCCAGGUCCAGGUCCAUCUUCGGACGCUCUCGCUCUCGUGGCCGCUCCCGCUCCAACUCCAGCGACAGAGGAGGAAACAACGGUAUCGCCAAGGUAGCUGGUACCGGUGCUGUGCUCGCAGCAGGCAAGGCUCUAUACGACCGUGUGCGCUCCAAGUCUCGUGCUCGAAAGGACCGAUCCCGCUCUUCCAGCUCGGACAGCUACGUGCCAUCACGUAGGGGCAACCGCCGCUCGUACAGCCGAGGCCGCGGUAUGGACGACCAGUAUUCCGAAGCCCCUUCCAGGACUAACCCAGAUCGCAGACUAGCCGCCGCCGGUGGGGCAGGAGCGGGUGCUUUAGCAGCACAGGAUGGAGGAAUGGAUCGGGGUCGACGGGAUUCUAGUGCGGAUUCCGAGUCGUCCACCGAUAUGGAGGAGAAGCGCAAGAAGCUACGAGGUAAGGAACUCCUCACUGCGGGUCUAGCCACUGUGGCCACCAUCCACGCCGCCCACGGAGUCUACUCUUCCAUGGUCGCCUCGGAGAACCGCCGCAAGCUCGUUGGCGAGGGCGAGAUGACGGCCGAAGAAGCGCGCAAACGCAAGUCCAAGAACAUGCUCCAGGACGCCGCUGCCGUGGGUAUCGCCGCCCUCGGUAUCAAAUCCGCCUACUCGGAAUGGAAAGAGAUGAACGAGCAACGCCACAGCGUCAAGGAACUCGAGACCCGCCGCCGCAAGAGGAGAAAGCUCCGUGAACGCCGCGAAAAGGAAGCCCGGAUGAACGCCCUCGGUGGCAACAUGAAUGGUGCAGCCGCUAAUCCGUAUGCAUAUCCUGUAGCUGCCAACCAAUCCUACCCUACGUCCUAUGCCGAUGCGAAUCCCUACGGUAGCUCCGUCCCGCCCCCUCCCAUGGGUGCGAGGUACUAG